CCAGACUCUCAACGGAUGGAGCCUCUUGAGGAGCAACUGAACCAGAAGGGCGAGGCAAGGCCCCGGAAGGUGAGAUUCAAAAUCUCCUCCUCUUCCAGUGGCAGGGUCCUGAAGCAAGUCUUCGAAGAUGGCCAGGAACUGGAUGUCCCACACAUCGACUCGCCUCCCCGCUGCUGCCUCCGCCCGUCCUUUGGUCCGGCGGGUGAUUUUUCUGAGGCCGAAACAGUCCCCGAGCCCCGACUUUACUCGUCCGCUAAACUGACGGCUCAGCGGAUCAGCGUGUUCAGAGAAGGCGAUUCUUAUUCUCUGAUGGGACGCGAUCCCCUCUUCCACGAUUUCCCGGCGAGCGACCUCGGAGAUUGCCCAGCUAGAGAUCACAGGCCCGCUGCCAUUCUAGAUUUCGGCAAGAUCAUCAUCUACACGAAGAACCUGAAAAUCAUCCGCGCUCCAACGGGCAAGAGAGACUUGAUGAGAAAGAUCCUGCAGAAGGGAGAGGACGCUGAGGAUUGGUCAGACAGGAGCCCGGGAAAGCCAGAUGGAUGCAGCGAGGAGAACCAGAAGUGCCUGCUCCAAACGGAAAAUCCCUCCUCCCUUAACCAUUACAUCCAGGGGGAGGACGGCACGCAGCACAGCUGCUUCAGGUGCCGAGGAUCCGGCCGGGCGCCCUGCUCCUUGUGCCACGGAAGCAAGUUCUCCACGUUGGCGAACCGCUUCAAAGAGUCCUACCGAGCACUGCGCUGCCCGGCGUGCAAUGAGGAAGGCCUUCAGCCUUGCCAGGUCUGCAACCAGUAA